AUGGACCUCUUUGUCUCUGCGUACUGCACCUGUCUUCUGCUCAAGCCCCACCUUCAGUCACAUCACUUCUCUGAUAACGUCGACAUGAACGUCGUUCUACAACCGCUCCUCCCUGUGGACGUCCUCAUUGAGGUCGCUGGACAGUGCGACUCGGACUAUGAUAUAGUCCAACUCAUGAAUACGUGUCGGAUUGUGAACGAACGCGCGUCACUCUUUCUCCACAAGGGUCGCCAAGCGCACGUCCGCUCCAUCGACGAUCUCCGUCUCCUCACCGCCUUCCUCGGCGCACAGGACCAAGAACGCUGGCGACGUCUCUCUCAGCUGAGUGUCGAAAUCUGCACCGAGGACAGCAUCGACCGCCGCGAACAAGUACAAGCACUGCUCGGCCUCUUUCGCGCGCUCCAAUCUGCCCCCGCUCUGCGAGUUCUCGAAUUCGAUGAGGUGGAGCUCUACCUUGCGCUCGACCCCGCCCUGGCAACCGCCCUGACACAUAUCACGUCGAUAACGACCCUCAAGCUCACCGGGAUCGGCCCCGACACGCUGCGGUUCCUCGAGGGGGUGUCUUGGGGCGUGCACACCGCCCAGCUCGACCUCAGCCCCGAUUUUCUCGCGGCGAAGGACCCCCAUGCGCCCCUACCCAAGAUGAUGUUCCACUUCCUGCGCAACAUGAGCGGUACGCUCCGCGAACUUGACCUCGGAGGUUCCCGAAACGGCAUGUUCUCGGCCGCGAGCGACUUGCGGUUCUCGGCGCUCCAGUCGCUCAACCUCUCCUUCGCGGUCAACGAGGAGUUCAACAAUUUCUUCCUGGAGGCGAAGAACGUCAUGUCCAUGUUCCCGAAGCUCUCCUCCCUCGAGAUGCACGCCUACCACACCAUGCGACCCUACCUCGAUCCAGAGGAAGUCAACGAUCUUCCCGACAACCAGGACCCCGAGGAAGUCAUCACCGCCACUGCAGCGUGGCAGAACGACGAGCGCGGCUGGAAAAACAUGGCCCUCCUCGACGCCCCGCUUGUCACCAUCUUCGGUCUAGGCCUGCAGCGCCCCGUGGACGAGAUUCGGACCGCGUUUGAACCCCCGGAUGUGGGGCUGGAGAUGCUCCCGCUGGUGCUCGAGUUGCUCAACCCACGUUCGCUCGCCUUGCACAUCUACUCGUUCGAUACGCUCCUCUCCCUCGCCUUUCCCUUUGCUUUCCACCCCGGUCAAUUCACUCCUGGGUACGUGUCGCGGCUCACGAAGCUCGACUUGACGGUACUCGAGGACACGCUCAAGAGGGACCCGCCGCAGUACGAACUGAUGUCGUUGUUGGACACACUGGGGUGGAUCGUGAACAACGUCCGGCUCGAAGAGAUGCGCCUCAUGGUCCGGAGGGCGUCGAAGCCCACCCGGCUUCAGGUCUGGACUCGGCCUCGCAUGCGUCCGAGCAAGUCGCCCGGCUACGCGGAGGUGGUCACGACGCGGAUGCACCAGCUCCUGCGCGCCGCGCCGAGUCCGACGCUGGAGGUGAUGCUCGCCGUCAGGUGUGGGGAAGAGGGGGACGAAGACGACGAGUUGGGGCACACGUUCUAUGGUUUCAAGCCGCUGACCGGUGCCGUGACCGUCGGGGUGCAGAGGUGGAAUGACGUCAGCGACGAGCAGCUCAUUGCGCAGGGCCUAUAG